GGUAUAUAUUGAGAUAUACACCAGAUACUCUUCAGAGAGCAUUUGUAGCUGGGUGUUCAAACCUAAGAAAAUGAUUCACAGGACUGAGAUGAUUGUGGUCUGGAUUGUACUGCUCCGCACCCUCACUGGCGAGACUAAGACUUUUACAUUCCAGGACUGCAACUCAAACCUUUCUGUGCUGGAAGUUCUGCCCGGAGGAGGAUGGGACAACAUACGAAACAAGGACAUGGGAAUAGUCAUGAAUAUGAACUACUCUCGCUGCAGGACCACAGAAGACAGGCAGUACCUGAUCCCAGAUGAGGUCUAUGUGAUCCCACAAAAGCAAACUAACAUCGACAUCCAUUCUGAGUUGAUAGAAGACUGGCAAUCGUACAAGGAUGCUUUUUCCAAUGAUGUCAAUGCUGAAGCGUCUUACCUUAAAGUCCUGAAUGGCAAGUUUUCCGAGAAAUUAGAGGAAACAAAGAUCCACAAUGUUUAUGAUAAGACUUCAACAACUCGGGUUCAAGUGAGAAAUGUAAUUUAUUCUGUAAAAGCCCGACCAGAUUUCUCAUUUGACAUCACCUUUAAGAAACAGCUCCUUGAAAUUGCUCAGUGCCUGGCAAGCAACCAGACACAGAGGGCUCUCUACUUGGCUGAAAUGCUGGUAUUGCGUUACGGCACCCAUGUGCUCACCAGUUUAGAUGCCGGAGCAAGUCUAGUGCAAGAAGAUCAGGUCAGUGAGAGUUUUCUACUGGACAAUGCCGAACAGAAAUCAUCUGUCACAGCCUCUGCAGCAGUGUCUUUCUUCAGUACAGUCAAUAUUGGAAUUAAAGGGAGUUCUCAAACUGAAGACGAAAUGACCAAGAAAUAUCGGGAAAAUACAACUGACUCAAAAAUUGAGAGUCACGGCGGUGUUCCCUUUUACCCUGGAAUUACUUUGGCAAAAUGGCAAGAAGGUAUUUCAAACAACCUAGUGGCUGUCAGCAAAUUUGGGCUGCCCCUGCCUUUCUUCAUCACCCCUGAGCGCUUGCCGGAGGUGCCUGAGACAAUGGUGAAGGAGAUAGCAAAUACACUGGACAAGGCAAUAAACCUUUAUUAUGCUGUAAACACCCACCCAGGGUGUCUUGAUUCGAAAUCGCCAAACUUCAACUUUCAGGCUAAUGUAGAUGAUGGCUCGUGUCAUUCAGCUAACACAAACUUUACCUUUGGAGGAGUUUACCAAACCUGCUCAUUCUAUUUACCUCCUUAUGGGAAGAUAGAUUUUGCCAACAGCCUUUGCCAGUCUUAUUUUACCAAAAACCCUCUAACAGGGGACUUCUCUUGCCCACCACGUUACACUCCUGUCCUGUUAAACAGUGUGAAUUAUCAUAUCCCCGAGCGGCAUACUGAUUGCACUAAAGAUUGUGCAUUCUUCAUUUUUGGCUGUGAUACAAAUUGCGAAACAACAGUAUACUAUUAUAAGAUUUAUGUUUCCUCAUAUUGGUGUGCAGCGUUAGAGUCGGUGCCUCAAGACUCUGGUCUCCUGUUUGGUGGGCUCUACAGUAAAGGGGCUGUCAAUCCUGUAACUCAGACUCACGCUUGUCCUCCUUAUUUCUAUCCUUUAAGACUGUUUGAGGACCUGGGCGUGUGUGUCAGCAGUGACUAUGAGAUGGGCGGUAUAAAUGCAGUGCCUUUCGGGGGCUUCUUCAGCUGUAAAACAGGUAACCCCUUAGCAGGCCAUCUGAAUACGCAGGCUCCUGGCAUACAGCAGUAUUUCUUCUACAGGGACAGUCCUACCAGCUACGCAAUGAAGUGCCCUCUUGGCAUGAGCCAGCACCAGGCUUUUCUGAGCGACGGCUGCCAGGUGAUGUACUGCAUUCAGGCUGGUGAACUGUUUGCCGGUAGGCUGCCACCCAUUCAGCUGCCACCUUUUCGCCACGCUCCCCUCUUCAACUUCACCAGCCCCGAGGUCCGUACACUUCACUCAGAAGGCAACAGGACCUGGGUGAAGGAGCCGGGGAGUCUGGUUUGGACCCUGGUCAGCUCCAAAAACGCGAGGGGACUCACCAAGGGUCGUUCAAGAGCACCAUCACAGGAAGGGCCCACCAUUGCCAUCUCUGUGACAGUCACGGUGAUCCUUGUUGCGCUCAUUGCUGGGGUGGGUUACAGUGUUAAAUGGUGGAGAAGCAGAGGCUUCAGGAGGGCUGAAGAGGGGACACUAGUGGGUUCACACCCCACCUAUGGAUCCACUGCAGUGUUCGAAGAGCUCGAAGAUUCAGACACCCGAGAGCAGCCCUUCUGACUGUCCUGCGUAUGAUUCCUGAGAGCAGUCUUGAAGGUGAAGCAGAAUGUGUUUCCCCUCACACCUUCGUUUGUUUUAUUGAAUUAUUUUCUUCGUCAUAAAAUAGACCAGAUAGUUCUGUAGCAUGGUAGUGAAGACCAAUCUUGUUCUUUUGAAAUUGAAUGCAUGUUAAAACACAUUAUUAAGCAUUUUGAAAUCUGUAGCUUUCAUUUUAGCAGAUAUUUUGAAAACAUGUUCUAUUUCACUGUAAGUUUUCAUUGUAUUAAUGUGAAUCUUUUUUGUGUUUUUAAAAAUGAUUUUCAAUACCAACUGUGAUCACUAUAUACAAAACAUGAUUUUAUUGUCUUACACGAUUUAGCUUUCCACUUCUUAACACAUUUGAAACUAAUCAUUUUCUAUUCUGAAUCAUAGAAAAUAAAGGUACAGAGAAAUUUUUAAAGCAGCA